AUGUCCAAAAUCGACAAGCUGUCCGUCCAGGGCAUCCGCUCUUUUGGAGGCAGUCGCGAAACCAUCUCAUUCUAUACGCCAUUGACCCUCAUCGUCGGAUACAAUGGCUCCGGAAAAACUACCAUCAUCGAGUGUCUCAAGUACGCCACUACCGGCGAGCAGCCCCCCAACAGUAAGGGCGGCGCUUUCGUUCAUGACCCUAAGUUGUGCGGCGAGAAGGAGGUUUUGGCACAGGUUAAGCUUGCAUUCACUUCGACCAGUGGCCACAAGUGCGUUUCCACGCGCAGCCUGCAGUUGACCGUCAAGAAGAACUCCCGAUCUCUCAAGACCCUUGAAGGAUCACUGGUCUACAAUAACAAUGGCGAGCGCACCGUCAUCUCAUCCAGAGUCGCUCAGAUGGACGAGUUCAUCCCGAGAGAGCUUGGCGUUUCGAGAGCCAUCCUCGACUACGUCAUCUUCUGCCAUCAGGACGAGUCUUUGUGGCCCAUGAGUGAGCCCGCCGCCUUGAAGAAGCAGUUUGAUCAGAUAUUCGAAGCGAUGCGAUACACCAAAGCCAUCGACAACCUUAAGGUCCUCAGGAAAAAACAGGGCGAGGAGCUAGCCAAGCUCAAGAUCUUCGAGGAACAAGACCGAAUCAACAAGGAGAAGGGUGAUCGUGCCGAGAAACGCUCCAUGGCAUUGCAGAACGACAUCGAGGAGUCCCGUGAAAAGUGCAACGCGCUCACCCUUGAGAUGGAACAGCUGCAGGAGCAGAUUCGCGAAAAACACGAGCAGGCCAACAGCUACUUGAACAUAGUCAAUGACCUCAAGUUCAAGAGAGACCAGCUUACCUAUCGCGAAGGCUCCAUUGCCGAUAUCAAGAUGACACUGGAGGAGCUUUCGGAGGACGACGAGUACCUGGAGAAUGCGCUGGCGCAGUACGAGGAGCGCAUGGCCCGCUACGGGGAGGAGGCAAACGAGAACAAGGCUCAGUAUGCCGAGCUGCAGAAGGACCUCAACCAAUCUCGCCGCGAGCUUUCUACCAAGCUUGCGGAGCAGGGCAAACAUCAAUCCGACAAGGACAAGUAUGAACGGCAGCUCCAGUCUCGCAUGCAGCUGGUCCGGGAUGCUGCUGAGCUCCACGGGUUCCGUGGCUAUGAUGGUGACCUCAAGGAUGCGCAGAUCAAGACCUUCAACGAACGCAUUCAGAAGUUGCUGGCCGAGAAGAAGCGUGACCUAGAUCGAGCGCAGAAGGAGAACGCGCGAGAGCUGGACGAGGCGACAAGUGUCAUCACGGAUCUCGAGGGCCGCAAGGCAACGACGACACAGAACCGCGUCUUCGCCAAGCAGCGAAUGGGUGCCAUUGAUAAGCGAACCAACGUCUUGCAGAUGGACAUUAACCGUCUGGACAUCGACGAGGGUGCCAAGGCCAUUCUUGACAAUCAGUUUGAGGAUGUCGAGAGCCGGCUGAAAAAGGCGAACGAGUCCUUGGCCCAUGCCGACUUCGACAACCAGCUUCAGCGAGAGAACGAGAAGCUGUGGCAGCUCGAAACCGAGAAUGAGAAGCUUGGACGCGAGUUGAUGGAGUGUACGAGGCUUGCGUCUGAGCGGGCGCAGCUGGACUUGCGAAAGAAGGAACUGUCAGAUCGCAGGCGCAAACUCGAAACCCUUACCAACACAUGGAAGCCCAAGCUGGACGUGCAUGUUGGCACCGCAUGGCAGACAGACACCCUCGAGGCCCAGUUCAAUGACGCCCUGAAACGUCAGAAUAAAGUUGUCGCCGACGCUCGCCAGAAGCGUGACUUGGCAAGGGACAAGCAACAGAAGGUGGACUUCAAAUUGAAGAGUGCUAAAGAUGUCGGUGCCAAGAAGACGGACGAGUCACAGCGCUGCCGCAGUGCGGUCGUCGCUGCUCUGCAGGCCGUCCGAGAUGGCGCCACUAUCGAUGACUACGAGGAAGAGGUCAAAAUGCAUGAGGAAGACGUUGAGACAUACACCACUGACAUCAGUCUCUUGGACGCCCUAGCAGAUUACUACCGCGGCUGCCAGAAGAUGCUGCAGGAGAAGAACAAAUGCCGGCUCUGCGACCGCGUCUUUGAUGACAAGUCGAAUGUCUCCAAGUCCCGAUUCUCGGACAAGCUGGUCAAGUUCCUUGAUCCAAACAAGAAGGAGAAGGCAGAGGAAGACCUCGCCAAUUCCACUGCCCUGCUUAAUGCUCUGCGCAAGGUCAAGAAGCAGUACGAGACCUACCAGAGACUGAUGGCAGAACUCCCGUCUGUGAAGGAAGAGGUUGCUUCUCUGGAGGCCGAAUUUGAAACUCUGGGACGGCAGUUGGAGGAGCACGAUGCCGUCGUCAGCGCCGAGGAAGGCAAGCUGAACGAUAUCGAGUCUCUCAACAAGACAGUCAUCAAUAUCACCCAGGCUGUCAAGGAUAUCAAGGACUCGGAGGCGCAGGUUGACAGAAUCAUGUCUCAGCAGUCAUCCGGCACGGUCAGCAGAAGUGCAGACGAUAUUCACGAGCUGCAGGCGUCCUGUAACGAGCAGAUCAGAUCGACGAAGAACAAGCUCUCCAAGACAACGUCAGAUCGCCAGCGGAUGAAGGACCAGGUCAACGCGCUCGAACUCGAGAAAAGCGAGCUUCGGAAUAAGCUGAGCAAGGCUCUCAACCAACUGGAGCGCAAAAAGGAUUUUCAGAAUCAGAUCCAGACCUUGAAGGAGGAUCAAGCUCAUCAGCGGGAGUUGAUCAGCCAAGCCGAUCAGGAACUGGAAUCCAUCGAGCCAGAGAUCGCUGAGGCUAGGUCAAUUCGAGACGACACCUUGCAGCGUGGCCGUGCCAAGGAGCAGGCCAUUGCCGAGGAGCGGGACAAGGUUGCCGACUCUGUCACGGAGCUGAAGAUGGUCGAGAGCGAUAUUCGAGACUACAUCGACCGCGGCGGCCCCUCCAACCUGGCGGCGAACCAGCGGGCUAUUGCUAGUCUCGAGAAGUCGAUCGCUGCUCUAGACAAGGAGAUAUCUGACUUGACUGUGCGCACCAACAAGCUGAAGCAGGAUAUCGACAACGGCGACCGCAAGAAGCAAAACAUCAGCAACAAUCUGAAGUACCGCCAGAACCUGCAGCAGCUUGAGAUCCUCCGCCGGGAUAUUGAGGAACUGGAGUCCCGCGACGCCGACGAGGACUAUAAAUCGCUGAUCACCGAAGCGAGGCAGCUGGAGAACCGCCACAACCGGCUCGUCGCGGACCGCGGCUCCAUCAUGGGUCAGAUGAAGACCAAAGACGAGGAGCUCGAGCGGCUCCUGCUGGAGUGGGAGCAAGAGUACAAGAGCGCUGCCAAGAAGUACCGCGAGUCGCACAUCAAGGUCGAAACGACCAAGGCGGCCAUUGAGGACUUGGGCCGGUACAUCUCGGCACUGGACACGGCCAUCAUGCGGUACCACAGCCUGAAAAUGGAGGAGGUCAACCGCAUCGCCGGCGAGCUGUGGCAGAGCACGUAUCAGGGCACGGACAUUGACACGAUUCUUAUCCGCUCCGACAACGAGAACGCGACGACGGGCCGGCGCUCCUACAACUACCGCGUCUGCAUGGUCAAGCAGGACACGGAGAUGGACAUGCGCGGCCGCUGCUCGGCGGGCCAGAAGGUGCUCGCCAGCAUCAUCAUUCGCCUCGCCCUCGCCGAGAGCUUUGGCGUCAACUGCGGUCUCAUUGCCCUCGACGAGCCGACGACCAACCUCGACAAGGACAACAUCAAGAGCCUUGCCGAGAGCCUUCACGCCAUCAUCAAGGCCCGUCAAGCCCAGAGCAACUUCCAGCUCAUCGUCAUCACCCACGACGAGGAGUUCCUGCGUCACAUGCGCUGCAGCGACUUUUGCGACAGCUUCUUCCGCGUCCGGAGGGACGACAAGCAGAACAGCGUCAUCACAAAGGAGAGCAUCACGAGGGUUUUGUAA